AGAGACAACCUGACCUGGAGGGAGUGCUGAGCUGCCCACACAGACACCCUGUCACCCACUCCAGCCAGAAGCAGCCAUGGCCAGCACUCAGGCGCCUUUCUCCUUUCCCAUGACCCACGUCAUCCUCUUUGUCUUCACGGCUUCCACCAUAUUUCACCUGCAGCAGCGGCUAGCGAAGAUUCAGCCCACGUGGGAGUUGCAGGCGCUGGAAACGCAGAGCCCCGCGCACGGCCAGCCCAGCGGGAUGUGGACGAUCAAUGCGAUAGGUCGACUGGGGAACCAGAUGGGCGAGUACGCCACGCUGUACGCCCUGGCCAAGAUGAACGGGCGGCCCGCCUUCAUCCCGGCCCAGAUGCACAGCACGCUGGCCCCCAUCUUCAAAAUCACCCUCCCCGUCCUGCACAGCAGCACGGCCGGCAGGAUCCGGUGGUGGAACUACCACCUGAACGACUGGAUGGAGGACCGGUACCGCCACAUCCCGGGGCAGUACGUCCGCUUCACGGGCUACCCCUGCUCCUGGACCUUCUACCACCACCUCCGCCGCGAGAUCCUCCAGGAGUUCACCCUGCACGACCACGUGCGCGAGGAGGCCCAGGCGUUUCUGCGGGGUCUGCGAGUGAACGGGAGCCGGCCAAGCACCUUUGUGGGGGUCCAUGUUCGGCGGGGGGACUACGUUCAGGUCAUGCCAAGGGUGUGGAAGGGUGUGGUGGCUGACCGACGGUACCUGGAGCAGGCUCUGGGCUGGUUCCGGGCUCGUUACAGCUCCCCUGUCUUCGUGGUCACCAGCAACGGCAUGGCCUGGUGUCGGGAGAACAUCAAUGACUCCCGUGGUGAUGUGGUGUUUGCUGGCAACGGCAUUGAGAGCUCACCUGGCAAGGACUUUGCGCUGCUUACGCAGUGUAACCACACCAUCAUGACUAUUGGGACAUUUGGGAUCUGGGCUGCCUACCUCACUGGUGGAGAGACCAUCUACCUUGCCAAUUACACCCUCCCAGACUCUCCCUUCCUCAAAGUCUUCAAGCCAGAGGCAGCAUUUCUGCCCGAGUGGGUGGGGAUAGCAGCAGACCUGUCCCCUUUACUCAAGCACUAA